AUGGAGUUACCAGACAUAAACCAGUUGUUAGAUGAAAAUGAGUCUGAUGAUGAAGCGUCGGAGGAAAGAGGUCUUGUUCCCUUCGAGACUGAGACUAGCGAGGCAGUAUAUUCUCAGACGGAGACUAGCGAGGCAGUUGAAGGUCCUGAUCCUAUAGAAACUGAGACAAGCAAGUCGGUUGUUGAUCCUGAUCCCAUAGAGACCGUGGCAGUUGACUCUCAGACCGAGACUAGUGUUGAAACUGAUCCUGCAACAUCUAGUGGAAAACGGGGGGAAAAGAGACCUUGGACAAAAAGUGCUGAGGAAUUUUUGAGAAGAGCUUUCAAAAGUUACCUCACCAGAAAAGCAGCUAGUGUCCACAAUACAGACAUAAUCAUGGCUCAAAACACAUGUGCCGAAUUAUCUGAAAGAUCAAAGGCUCAAAUAAGGUCCAAGUUAAACAACAUGAAGUUGGGGAAAUCAAAAUAAUCUCCUGUGUUACAGAGGAACUGGAGAACAUGACUGUUCCAUCUUUAGAUGAUGUUUGUGCAACUUUAAAGUGUUGCUUUCUGACAAUGAAGCGUAGCUUUAAACGAUUUUUUAUAGAAAAUGAUUUUCGUAAGGUGUUUAUGUGGUCGUUAAUUAAUGCUGAUGAUUCGUGGUUCGAUCUGUGAAUCGUCAUCUCUGACUCGUGGAUCGAAUCGGAUCGCCACUUGACCGGCGAUCCACAGCC